UCAUCAACAACAACAAACAGCAGCGCCAUCUACAUCCUAUCCACCGAUUCGAUUCUAUCAACAGCAACAGCCACCGACCAAUGUUCAUCAUUCGUUUGUUGUUGAUCAUGAUCAUCAACAACAACAACAUCGGCAACAGCAACAACAAUAUCCAUCAACAACAUCAGUUCCAUAUAUAAUUCAUCAUCAUCAUGGUGGUGGUGGUGGUGGUGAUAAUCAUCCAUAUUAUUCCACAUCAUCAACAUCAUCACCAUCACCAUAUAAUUAUAUGGCCAUUCCAUAUAAUCAUUAUCAACUACCACCACCCCUACCACCCCAACCAUCAUCAUCAUCAUCUUAUCAACAACAUCCUAUGCAAACAUCUACUUCUAAUUAUCAUUUACAAUCAUCGAAUCAAUCAAAACAACAACAACAACAAUGGAUACAGCAUCAACAACAACAACCACCUGUAGCAGCAACAGCAAAAGCUUCUUCGUCAUUCUGUAAUAAUAAUAAUAAUAAAGAAAAUCAAAAAUCAGAAUCAUCAGAAUUAGAAUCACAAUCAUCAACAACAACAACAAUAUUGGAUGAUUCACAGUCGUCUGAAUCAACAACACAAAGAAAAGCAUAUGGAACAUUUACAUUGACCGGAGAGAAAAUACGUCGUCCACCAAAUUCAUUUAUGAUAUUUGCAAAAAAUCGUCGUCGUGAAAUAUUGUAUGCAAAUCCACGAAUGACAAAUAAAGAAGUAAGUAAACAGCUUGGUUAUGAAUGGAGACAAUUACCGGAAGAUCGUCGUACACAUUAUAAACAAUUGGCAAUACAUUAUAGUAAUGAACAUAAGAAUAAAUAUCCAGGAUAUUAUUAUAGUCCAAUUGAAGCACGAAAACGUAAAAAGGAAAAAUAUCGUUUAAAACGAAUGAAAUUAAUGGUUGAUCAACAGCAACAUGAACAACAUCAACAGCAACAGCAACAACAGCAACAGCAAACGUUCGAACUCAAACAAGAACAUUCGAAUUCAUCAACAUCAUCAUCAUCAACGGCAACAUUAGUCGAAAUAGCAUCGAGGUCUUCGAACUAUACAAAUUUACCGAAUCACCAUCAACAACAACAACAACAUAAUCAAUUUAAUAGUUCAACAUCAUUAUCAUCAUCAUCAUCUGAUAAUAAACGAAAUAAUGAUAAUUUAUCGUCAUAUCCGGAUGGAUAA